GUAAAAGGUAGAAAUAUCUUAGCAUUAUAUCAAGCACGUUUGGAAAAGCUUGAAUUUACAUGCGAGUUGAAAAUCUGUUUUUUUUUAUAGAUAAAGCACUUAUUGUUUACGGGUUUAAUUUAUAUCAUUACAUUCAAGAGCGUGAGUUCUACUAUUCUAUCUUUUGAUGAGUUAAAAUAAGUAAAUGAUUAAAUACUGAUUGUUUAACUAGCUUUAGUGCUGGCCUAUUUCAGUCAAAUAAUUUACUUGGAAGUACAAUUUUCUGCUAGGCGGGAAUCGAGGAAAAAUAUCGGAUUUAAGCGUAGCUGUCGGGAAGUAUCUGCCUUCCAGUAUUCAGUAAGGAUAUACGUGUCCCAAACACUCUUUCCUUUUUACGGAUAUUACUCGAAACGUUAGACCUACGUGAGAUAAAGUUUUGUAACAAACUUUAUAUCAGUAACAGAGUGUAGUUCUGUAUGAAAAGCACUCACUUAGAAAGGCAGAUGACUCAUAUUAUUUCAUCACUGAGUAUUAUUUGAAUUUAAAUAAUGUUUCAAAACAUAGGAUUUACAAAAUAGAUAAAAACAAUUUAAUUUGUAAUUUUAUCUUUAUACAUAUUGUACUCACUAUCUCGACAUAUGAUAAAUGAAUUUGACUUUGUAUAAACAUUAUCAACAUAAUAUGGAAUUACGUGUAAACUUUUGUGUAAAAAACUUACAGCCACUUCAUAUAGACAAAUGCUGAGAAAAGCAAACAGGAAUUGAUUAAUGAGGAAUGUGUUCUCCUGAGACCAACCAUGUCUGAGGCAAUUUACCAAUCAAGUGCACCGACCGGCGUGGAAAUAACUUUGGAAGACGUCAAUUCUCAAGAGGUUACAUCUCUUUACCCAUUACUAUUUUUCUACACCACGAUUCUUAUCGUAGGAGUUCUUGGAAAUGCCCUGGUUCUGCUGGUGUAUUCACUUAGGUAUCGGCGCUCUCCAGCAAGAGUUUAUAUUGUAUUCUUAGCGGCAAUCGACUUUUCAAUGUGUUUGUUUGGUCUCCCCUACCAUCUGAUAGACAUGACACAUCCAUAUACGUAUACGAAUGCGUCUGCUUGCAAGACUCUUACAUUUAUCAUCGUUACAUUAUUUUAUAUGUCAGUAUUUGGUCUGAUAGUGAUUGCAGUGGACAGGUACUUGAAAAUUUGCAGACCCCUAGGAAAGGUGCAGAUAUCAUACUUUGGAAAGAGAAGAGCAUGCGGUGCGGCCAUCUUUGCUGCAGUUUUAUUAUCGUGGCCAAAUAUUGUGUUAUAUGGCCCUAGUGAAAUGGAAAGUCCUAUUGGUAAUAUCACAGGUCACGCAUGUUUCUUUGAAACGUCAUACCUGGAAACUAAUUACCCAUUUAUAUAUACAAUGUCAACACUGUUUGUAUGUAUAGGAUCAACUAUUUUCCUAGUCGUUUCGUAUUCAUUGAUAGUUCGUACGAUUUGCACACGCUAUAAAUGCAACAGACUAAAACUAACGGGCAAAUCAGCAUUUGAUGAAACUACUUUAACAGAGGAGGUUUGUUUCGGAAACGGUGAGCCGAGACAAAAAAUAAGAUACAAUCUUAACGGGCAAAACCAUUCCAAAUCCACAGAAGAUUUAUAUCAUUAUAAGACAAAUAGCUCUAAAUGUUCUAGCGUUAAUAAAUCCCACUCAGAUAUUCAAAGUCUGAAUAGAUAUGAAGAGCGGUUUGUAAUGCUGAACUCAAAUGGGUCACUUACUUUUGUUGGUGAAGGGAAGAAUUCCGCUUCCAGUCUGCAAAAGAGCAAAAUGGAGCUAAAGAAACUGGACGAUACUACCCAACCGUUGUUGAGUAUAGCAGCUGAAACGUCUUUUAGUGUAAAUAAGUUUACACCGAAAUACGACAUAGCAAGCAGUUCAGUAGAAAGCAGAACAAAUGACAGUGACUUAUUUAAGCGAGGAAAUAAACAGUUCAGUGACCAAAACGUUUUAAGUUCAAAUUUACACGAAGGGUCCAUAAAGUCAUUGUAUGAUCCUCGUUGUCAACUAACAGAACCUUUACAUAAAUGUACGGAACUUUCAUCUAUGCCGUCAGUUGACUUGAUUGGACUUCGAAAGAGCGGUAGAUACAGUUUACAAGUUCCAAGCGCAGUGACACCUUUUAGUAAGAAAAUAUCAUUUAGAAGAACAUCUGACCUAACGGGAGCUAAUUAUAAUAAAAUUAUUCAGAACUGGAAACACUGUUCCGCUGUUGCCCUUAAAAAUAAUCUCAACCAAGAUGAAGGUCUCCGUAUACAUACCAGCUCCCAUAGCAUCAGUAAUAUAUCGUCACAAGGUACUUUGAAAGUAAAGAAAGUGGUAUCUAGGCAACACUCAAAGAUAACAAAAAUCAUGCUGACGAUAACCAUAAUUUUUAUUCUAAGCUAUUCUCCUGCUCUUGUUGUCACAAUAUGGACGGCUGUACAGCCUGAAUUCUGGGAUAUUUUAAACGGACGAGAAACAAUAAUCUGUGAAUUCUUCUUGCGAUUUUAUCUUGUUAACAACGUUUGCAAUCCCUUUAUAUACGGAUUUUGGGAUAAACGAUUUAAACGAGAAGUUGUUUAUACACUUAGGAAAAUUAUGUUAUCUCUUGCUGACAAAUGGUCUUGUUGUUUUCAAAAGAAAACAGGAAUUUGAUAAAAGGCUUAACAUUUAUAUUCACUUUGUGAAUUGUAUCAUAAUAAAAUGUUUAUUUUUGUACUUUUGACGUUAUAGGUGAAAUGAUAACAGGAGAUCUAUCUCCGCGAAGUUGUAUGCGGAAUCUGACGACAUUUGCAACAAAACACAUACAGAAUGACGUCGUAAAAUAUGUUUCAAAGUCGGCAAUCAAUAUGUCAAAGAAACAAUGAAUUAUAAAUGUAUACCUUUAACUUUUUAAAAGGUAAAUAUCAAAAAUUGAGACGACACAACAAGCUUUUGCUUACUGGAUCUAGGAAAGUAUAAACAUUCAAUUAAAGAAGUGGAUGAUAUUCAUUGUGCAGUAGGACAUAUGUAAUCCACAUUUAUCAUUCAGGAAUCCCGAUUCAUGGAUUUGCAAGACUUUAUAUUUAAUAUUUGGUAAAUGCACAAAAAUAUAUUUUUUUUAUAUUUAAUAUUUGGUAAAUGCACAAAAAAUAACUUUCAGUCCUUCAAAAAAAAAUCAGUUUUGAAGUCUGAUUGAAGGGCAUUGGUUUAUAACUAGACACAUUUACAUCGCGUAAUCCAAACAUGGUCUGUGAUUGUAGAUUUUGAUUUGUUUUAUUAUUCACGCCAGCCGAAGACAAACAUCAUAGAAAGCCGAGGGAUAAACCGUAAAAGCGUGCGAAAAAAAGGCGCAUGCUUAUGUUUUUAUCGCUAUAGGCUGAGUCAGUGUUUCUGAAAAUUAUAAAAGGCUCCAAGAAUAAUCCCUUUCAAACAUUUUUUUUCAGAGUUCCUUUGGUGAGUUACAAUGAACAUUUUUAUCGCAAUUUCACUCAACAACAAAUUCCACGUAAUAGGUUUACAUUUUAAUUAUAUAUCAUUCUCUAUAUUGAUACGGGAAAAAAUAAAGGAACAUAUUCUUUACCUAGUUUUGUGCCGAUAAACCAGUCUGAAUGAUAGCUUCGGAACCAUGGAAUAAGCUGAGUUGGACAAAAUUAAAAAAAAAAAAUAAAAAGAUUCGGAAAAACAUGUUCGUUACUUUGUACGAAGGUCAGCGGAUCAUAAAGUGAGAUUAUUUUGGAUACAUCGAAAUACAGUGAUACAGUUUGCUACCUAUCAAAUUUAUUUUACCCAAAACGCUCGCAACACAUUUUGCGUAAAUAGAAGUAAAUUAAACAAACACAAGUUCUAAUAAAAAUAAAGAAGGAGCUUAAGUGAACGCCUUGCUUACAUAAAAAAAUUCUUUAAGACGUAUCAGGUAUAUUGUGAUGAAAAGUGUCGGUUCUUGCAAAAGUUAUAGAAAUAAACAUACAUGAUUUGUGAAAAGGAAACUAUCCGGAAGACCUAAAACACACUUACAUUAAUACUGCUUUUUUACGAGUUUGCAAAAACAGUAAAGUCGAUACACAUGUUAAUUUCAAAAUAUCUAUACAUAUCACAGUUCAUUGUUUAGCGGAGAAAGGAAUAAAAUGAAAGCGAUUUUUUAGAGAAUUUUAUGCAUUCGCCCUCUAGUGUUUCAAGAAGUUUCGUAACCCCUCUCAUAGUAGUGGAAUUGCACAUGUCAUUUUAAUGAAUUGACAUGAUUUACAUCUUCAUUCGGUUUGCAAUAGAGACUGUUUUUCAUAUAUUGGAAAUAUCAAAGAAGCAAGUAUUUUUUAUAUUAAUUUAUGUUGUUAAUUUACAUCGAGACUGACUCUAUGUUAUUUCAUUUACUCUGUUUGUAUGUCAGCUCGCACGUAUGCCUUCUACAAACUGAAUUGAACAGUUCAAAAAUAUUUACAUGGAAUCAUUUUAUUGAUUAUUUAAUCAACCCGUUCGUCAGUACAAAAGGUAGAUAAGAGUACCAUAGAUGUUGUGAAACUGGUUUAAUGAUAAGGAGAGCCCUCAACAAAAAUGUUGAAGAUUUUAUGGCAGUUGAAAUGACAAACGCCCCUUCCGACAGGCUUUUGUUAUUGCAGUGUGAUAGCUUUGUUAAGUUGUGUUACCAGUCAUCACCUGAUAUUAACCGAUUACACUAAACUUAUAUAUCUGUAAUGUUCUGACCCUUUGUCAUGUACAUUUUCCAUUUCAAGUAAGAGCACAUAUUGAACACACCAUUAUUUUCACUAUGGCUUAUUUUGUGAAAUUAAGAAACGGCUUUGAUUCUAGAAAAAAAUAGCCACAAAAAAAGUCCAUAAUUUACGGUUAUCUUCACAUUAAAGUACUUCAUCUAUGAAACUUUCAAGCAGAGCCUUUCAAUAGUGUUUGAAGAGGUGGACACCUAAGAUGUUUCUCUAUAUUCUUUAUAGCAAAACUAUCAACUGCGCUAAAAGUAGUCACAGCAAAAGUUUCUUCCUUUAUGGUCAUCUGCUCAGCAACCUUGUUCGUCUGUGAGAGUUUGAAGCAAAUCAGGCUAAUAGUGUGGGGUGGGAGGAGUUGGACAUACAACAGUUGUCUCUAUAUUCUAUAUAGCAAAACUAUCAAAGGGCCAUAACUGCGGUAUAAAAUAGUCACAUCAAUAGUUUCUUCCUUUAUGGUCAUUUCCACAUUGAUCAAGCUUGUUAACCUGUGAACGUUUGAAGCAAAUCAGGAUAAUAGUAUUGGAGGCUUUGGACAUAUAAGCGUUUUCUCGAUAUUCUAUAUAACAAAACUAUCAAGGGGCCAUAACGGCGGUAAAAAAAAGUCGCAGCAUAAGUUCCUUCUCUUAAGGUCAUCUGCACAUUAAGCUUUUCCUUCUGUGAAACUUCUGUGAAGCAAUUCAGGCUAAUAGUGUGGGAGGAGAAGUUGGACACACACGAUUUCGGGACGUACGAACAGCAGCAAAGCUAUAUACCCCCACUUAAAUGUGGAGGCAUGAAAAGAAUUGCUUUUCAAUAAUAAAUACUAACACUAUACAUAUAUUCACAAUUUGUUGCAAGUCUGUGUCAUGCGCUGUAAAUCAUGUAUGUGUGUGCGUAGUUUUUAUUCCAUGUUAAUACCAUUCCAAUGAAGUUUGUCUUCGAGCAUCUUUCUCGGAUAAUUUUCUAUGAAUAGUAAUAGAAACGUCUUUGGAAACUGUCAUUACUGUUAACAUUAAGGUAAUUUAAAUGGCGAAGUGUGACAGUGUGCCUUAAAUACCAAAAACGAAAUGGCGUACGGUAACCUGAAGGUUCUGGCCUCGCAACGUUAUUACGACAGAGCUCUAUUGAUAAUCAGUACUGGCUUAUCCAAUUGUGUAUUUUAAAGCAAACAAGCACUUCAAAGACUUCACAAUGUUUCACAUAGUUUCAAUUAAUAAAUCAUCGAACGGUAAUUUUGAUUUUGCUGCUUAGAAAACAAUUUGGUGCUAAUUUAUGACCCAUGUCUCCACAUAGUGUCUGAGAUAUAAAAUUGUAUUUACAAAAUACGUUUCUUUUACUCACGAGAUAUAGGCCGGUAAAACGUUUUGCUAUCUAAUAGAGUUGGUUACUGCAGUACUGCUUUCUCUGUUAAUGUGACUCCGUUACUCACUGCAAAACGUAUGCAAUUGUCACUCUCCAGAAAAAGAAGCUUAUUUUAGAUAAAAUCAUAUCAGCAAAUUCAAGUGCUGAGUAAACUGUCUUAGAAGGAAACUAAUGAAA